AUGGAUAGCCACGGCGCAGCUCGCACCGCCCGAACCGCCCGAACCGAAGAACAGCGUCGGCAGGACCUUGAUAAGAUUGCCAAGUAUCGCCAUCUCGAAGAUUCUAUCCGUGCCCAAGCCUUGGCCAACAAUUAUGACUCCUCCCUCUUCCAGCUUACCUCCAAAUUGCUACGUUUAAACCCCGAGUAUUAUACAAUAUGGAAUGUCCGGCGUCGCUGUCUAAUCUCGGCAUUCUUCUCCGCGCCCUCCCGUGCGAUCCCGCCAGAGCAAGACUCCCCCUCCUCUACAUCCGGGAAGAACGAUGCUGCAACUGGUGGUAAGCGAAGAGAAGAUGUUGAGGCCGACGUCAACACAUUACAGUCCGAGCUCGCAUUUACCAUUCCCCUUCUACUAGAAUUUCCUAAGUGCUAUUGGAUCUGGAAGUAUCGUAGAUGGCUUCUCGAGCAGGCUAUCGUACGACUCCCCGCCACCGUUGCGCGCCAUAUCUGGGAGGCCGAACUUGCACUGGCGUCUAAGAUGUUAACCAAAGACCGCCGCAAUUUCCAUGCCUGGGGAUAUAGGAGGAACGUUGUAGCCAUGCUAGAGAGCCCUUCGUUGAAUGGUAAGAGUAUGGUUGAAGAAGAAUUCGCCUACACCACAAGGAUGAUCAAUGGCGACUUAUCAAAUUUCUCAGCUUGGCACUCUCGAAGUCAACUGAUAUUGCGUUUACUAGACGAACGCGACGCAAACGACGCGGCGAGGAAGAUUUUCCUGGAAGAGGAACUCGAUCUUGUCCGAGAAGCUCUCAAUGUCGGACCCGAGGACCAAAGCCUCUGGUAUUAUCAUCAAUAUCUGGUGUCGCAGAUCGUGAACCGUGCCAGAAACCCAACAAUAGCGCCGGCUCUAACCACCGCGGAGCGGACGGCCUACGUAAAGAAGGAGAUUGAUAAUAUCAACGAUUUGCUGGAAGAUUACGAGGACGUAAAGUGGAUUUACGAGUCUUUGUUAGAAUAUACGAUUGCGCUGAAGAGUUUCGGAGAGCAGGUUGAAGACCCCGCAAAGUGGCUAGCCAAAGUACGAGCUCUAGACCCAAUGCGAGCUGGUAGAUGGGAUGAUGUAGAGAAGCAGCUAGGCGCCACUCAGCACUGA